UGUUAGCUACGUUAGCGAAGUUAGCGCGCACGUGUUGUUACGUAAUCGUUAUGGCGACUCCCGUGCCUCUGCGGUGCGGUUAGUUCUUGUUUACUGCUGUCGCGGGCAGUUUAGUUUUUUGCGCAAAUCCUUCCGUUCGUUCUUGAAAUAUGAGCACACAGUCGGGAAAUGUGAGCAGGUCACGGGCUCAGAAGCACCAAAAUGCCACUGCAUUUAAGAACACGCUUCACGACACGAGUGUGCAGACGAAGAAAAUACUCAACAUGAAAAUCGAAAAUGUGUGUGCGAGGUGUAAAGGCAUAAUCGAGUGGAAAAUUAAGUACAAAAAGUACAAGCCGCUUACGGUGCCCAAGAAAUGUGUCAAGUGUGAGGCUAAAACAGUCAAGUCAGCUUAUCAUAUAGCGUGUAGUGCCUGUGCGGAAAGGCUGAAAAUCUGUGCAAAAUGUGGUGCCCCCGAAGGCUCUGAAUCCAGCUCUCAAGUGACAGAAGAUGACCAAGAGCCUUGACACCUUCUGAAGAAACAAGUGGCAUUGUGAUCUAGUGUGUGAGCACAAUACUUAUUAUGCAUUAUGUGUGUGUUGAGGGAAGAUGCUGUGAGCUGAUAACACCUUUGCCUCAUCGGUGCAUCAUUCUCUAUAAGAUACUGACAGAAGCGUCAACAAACCACUGCUCAACCUGUAUGACACAUUGUCACUGUACAUUCUUAUAUCUAAACCUGUGUCAGCUAUUGCCAUCAAGCAAAUAAAUAAGUAUAAAGCAUACAUUGUACAGAUCCCGUUAUCUACAUGUAGCACAUUACAAGCAGGUAGGGCUUUAUUUUGAAUUUGCUGGGCAGUGAAUGUGACAAGCUGUAAAGGUGUGUUAUGGUUUAUGGUCUUUUUUUUUUAUAUAGGACUGCCAUUUGUAUUUCUUUUUUAACUCUGUACAUCUUGUGGCUUCAGUUUCUUCAAAUUUCAGUUUGAAUGGUGCUUAAGGCAGUCACAUGUGUAGUGUAGGGUCUUCCCAAGUUCAGAACUCAAUGUGUAGACUUAGCACUCUCAAACACAGCCAAACAGUAGUCAACCUAGGGCACCAAUAAAGUAACUGUGGGGGCAUUCAUCAUUCACUUCUUUGUCAUCUGUAUAUUAUCAUCGUCAUAUGUGUGCCCUUCUUCAUUGCCUGUGUGGCACAGUACAUGCUGAUGAUGCAUAUCAUCAGCGUGUACUGUGUCUGAGGCCUUUUGCUGUGUCUCUUGUGCUCAAUAAAGGGUUGUCCUCAA